AUGACGACUGCCGAUCUUGAUGUGCUGCUCUCCAUGGGCUUUGAGCAGGCUCGUGCGGAAAUCGCCGCCAAGAAGACUGGAAACUUGCAACAAGCCCUUGAUUGGCUAGAGGCAAACCAGGAUAAGUCCUUGGAAGAGCUCCAGGCUCAAAACCAGGCCUCAGCUGAGGACGAAGAUGAAGAUACGACUGGUGCCAACAUCCCUUCUGGUGAGACCGCAAAGUCCUUGGUUUGCAACGAAUGUGGCAAGAAGUUCCGCAACCACGACCAAGCCACCUUUCACGCUACCAAGACAGACCACCAAGACUUCUCCGAGUCCACUGACGAGAUUGCCCCGUUGACAGAAGAGGAAAAGAAAGCUAGACUAGAAGAGCUUCGACAGAAGCUCGCUGCGAAGAGAGCCGUCCAGUCUGAGGCCGAGAAGGAAACCGCCAAGCGCAAUGAGCAGAUUCGUAUGAAGGCCACCAAGGACUCCCAAGAGCUCAAGGAGGAGCUUCAGCGCAAGGAGAGAAUCAAGGAGGCCGAGAGGAAGAAGCAAGAGAAGAUUGCCGAUGCCGAAGCCAAGAAGCGCAUCAAGGCAAAGAUCGAGGCCGACAAGGCAGAGAGAAAGCGCAAGGAGGAGGAGGCCAAGGCUCUCCGCGAGGGUAGAGCACCACAAGCCCCGGUUGUGGCUCCCGCCGCCCCAUUGUCUGCUCUGGGAGGUAGUUCUGCUUCAGGCUCGUCCGCCGCCACUGCUCGUCUCAGGAUUCAGACCAAGCAGAAGGGCAACUUGAUGAAGAUUUACCCAAGCGAAACGACUUUGUUCGAGGUGGCUCACGCUGUGGAAGAGGAGACUGGUGUUCCUGUGCAGAGCUUCCAGAUCAACUUCCCACGGAAGACAUUCGAGGCUGGCGUGGACUUUGGGUUGACAUUGAAGGAGGCCGGUUUUGUGCCCAGUGCUGCCAUCAUUGCCAACUAG